AAAAACUACUACCGGAAGUGGCUGUGCUUGUGUGAGAAGACGGUGUUGUGGUGUUUCUGUGAAAACAAUAAUAAAACUAAAUCGUUCAAGAAUAUUGCUAUCAUCUCAGAAGAGGAAUCCUUCAUCUUUUAAGGUUAUUCUCCUGUUUUUUUUUCUCACUACAAUUUUGGACUCUGAGACUGAUUAUUGGUCUGUAUCUUUAUUCUGUCCUUAAUAUAUAGUGUUCACAUUUAUAUUUUUUUGUCCCCGGUUCACCCAAUGGCUGAAAAUCUCCCUUUGGGUAGUGAUAAAGAAGCAUUUACAGCUGGAUGUGAUGUCAGUGCUUCUCCAGAAACUUUAAAUAUGGAUGUAAGUGAAGAGCAGGCCCAGAAUACCUACAGUGAGCCACCAGAGCUGUCUCACAGCACUGUAUCUUUGGAGGUUGCAAGCAAAUCCCAGGAGUCUCACCCUUCCCAGAGCUCUGGAGAAAAUACGAAUGCUCUUAAUUUGUUUGCUACUCUUGGUCUGUCACCUGAAGACUUGGAUGCAUUGGCACAGAUUCCGGAAAAUAAGAUUACUGUGGAAACAUUGCCUCAUCUUAUCAUGCAGCUUAAAGCAAAGAAAAGUGCAAGAGGUCAUUCAUCAGACCAUCGCAGCCAGCGUAGUGCCUCCCCUCCAAGAGAGCAGCAGUACAAACCUUCAGAGGACAAGUGGCAGGACGUUGGGCCCAGUAGUAGGCCCCCCAGAUCUAGCAGUAAAUCUCCGGUCCACAGUUAUGUGGUUGAUUACAAUUAUGGAAAAUCUGGGAGAGAAGAUCGCGCAGAUAGAGCGAGAGAAGAUCGAGAUCUCCGUUAUUCGAAACCGUCCCACGAGAGACCUUAUGUAGAGAGCAGACCACGGUCUCCGUCAUCAUUCGAGGUCGAUGAUUUUCAUGGAUUAAUGCCCCGCUCUUUUCCACACGUUUGCUCUCUUUGUGAUUUUGAUGUGAAUUCAAGCAGGGCCUGGAGUCAGCACAUUAAUGGGGUCCGACAUGCAGAGAAUCGACGUGACCUCCUUCGCAUAUAUCCAGGAUGGGAUCCACAAUUCAUAUCGAACAGAAUGCCUGACUCGUAUCCACCAGAUGACCUCUUGUCUUCCGGAAGAGCAGGAUCCCGGUCAAGCAGCUCACAGAGGAGACCAUAUAGUUCAGAUCGUUCUGCGGGUGAAAGGGCUACACUUCCACCAGAAAGACGACCCCUUCUGAAACCAAAGGCAGGAACAAGAGUGGUGGUCACUAAAUUUCCAAAAGGGACUUUGGAUGUCAAGGAUUUGCUAAAACUGGCUGAGCCAUUUGGGACUGUUGUUAAACACUUGGUGUUCCCUUGUAAGGGUUUUUUGGAAAUGUCUACACACAAAGAAGCAGUAACUGUGGUUAACCACUAUCAGAAGAAGCCAUUCUUUGUAAAAGAUAUAAAGCUACUCAUCUAUUUGUCCCCUGUUGUUGAGAGCAUUAAGACCCCUAGACUGGAUGUGCCUGAAAAACAUUCAAAGAAUCAAGGUUAUGCUGUGGUGUGUGUUUCUCACCUUCCAGUAGGAAAAGACAUAGAAUCUGAACUCAUUGAUGUAGCUAAGCUGUUUGGGGAAGUGCAGUGCUCUAAAUUUUCAACAAAUGAGGCUCUUAUAGAAAUGGCAGAUUUUGAAGAUGCUGAGAUAAUGGUGAAAUACUACAGUUCCAAUAUGCUCAGGAUCAAUGGCAAGAGUGUGAAGGUAAAAUUGUGGACAACACACAAAAGGCUUAGGAUGAGCCCCGAUUCGGCACCCUCUAGAAGGGGUGAAGUGAGCAGAAGGCACAGCAGUAAGCAUAGGAGUGAAGAGUCUUCCAGGAGCUCUCAUUCCAGAAACAAGGAAAGGACUCCUACACGCGGGGAUUCCACAGAGAAAAAGGAAGACCUUACAGGGGAGGAGGAAAAAUCUGACGACGAGCACAAGCAUGAAGAUGAUGUGUUGGGUGAGUUGGAUGUGGAAGUUGAUGAAGAUGAUAAGGGAAUGAUGGUAGAGGAGGAUGAGGAUGAUGCCAAGGAAGAUGUGGCACAAGAUGAUGUGGCAUCAUGGACCCCAGGAGAGGAACCAAUGGAGACGUCGGUGGAGGGUGUGGAGACGGAGGCAGAUGUCCCAGAAAGAAAAUCGCCUGACAGUGCAGAGGUUUUAAUGGAACAGAACCUGGAGGAGAAAUCCCAGGAGAGUUCAAAGGAAUUGUGUGGGAAUACAGAGGCAAAACCUGGAGAGAAUUCUCAUUCGCAGGAUCUGAUGAAAGAGCUGCCAGUGGAAUCUGCAGAAAACUCAGAGAUCCCAAAGGAAGAGUUAGUAAAGGAAGAAGCCACAUCAACAGAAGAAAAGGAAGCUGUGGAGUCAAAUGAGUGUGAAGAGGAAGAGAUGCUAGAAAUGGAUUUUCCAGAGAAUUUGGAUGACUUUGUUACACUGGAUGAGCUAGAUGAAGAUGCUGAAAAUUCAGAAAAUACAUCGGAAAAAGAAUCUGAAGUAUCGUCUUCUAGACACCUGCAGGAAUCUUUAAGGGCUGGAAGAGUUGUUGUCAUUAAAGACUUCAGAAGAGGAUAUGGCUCUAAGGAGGACAUUUUUUAUCUUGCCAAACCUUUUGGGAAAGUUACCAAGCACCUAAUACAGUACUACAAAAAUGAAGCACUACUGGAAUUACCAACAAAAGAAGCAGCAAGCAAAAUGGUAGAAUUUUACAGUACAACCAAGACAGCACUAGUGUGUGGCAAACCUGUCACGAUAAGUCUAUGGCUUGAAAAGGAGGAGUUAGAGGGCCCAAGUGGAAGAUCAGUUUUCAUCACAAUGCUUCCUUUUGUAAAGUUUUCUGACUACUCUCUCCUAAGGAUUGCUCAACCUUUUGGGAAAGUCACUGCCUACUGUUUGAACUGGACUUACAAAAGGUGUUACAUUCAAAUGGACACCACUGAAGCUGCAGAGAAAAUGGUGAAGACAUACUCUCGGUACCCACCAAAAUUCUACGGCAGAUUUUUACAUGUUUAUUUGUGCAGGAAGAGUGACGCACUGAUACCUUGGAAGAUGCCCCCUCCCGAGCACGACAAGAAACCCGCUAAAAGAGAGCGAACAGAGAGCAGCCGGAGUGAGGAGGACGCUCCCAGCAGCUCCCAGUCUAAAGCCAAAGCCAAGGAAGAGGGACCCACAAUGAAAAGGCUCUGCACCCGGGAGGACAAGGGCUCUGCAGAGAGGACAGGCUGCAAAGAGCAGCAGGAGUCUGCUGUGAAGAAGAAUGAGCAGGGAGAGGCUGCAGACUCUGAAGAGAAGAACAGCGAAGCCCCAGACACUUCCCAGAAGACUCCUGGAGAAGGGGGUGAAAGCAGUGUGUCAGACAAUGAACCCUUCAGUGUUGCUCCUGAGCAGGCUGCUGAAAGCAGUGAAGUGAGUGAGCAGAAUGGUUCUGGCGCUGCCUCUUCCAAUGGAGAGAGUUCCCAGGCCUGUGAUAAAGAUGAGCCUGAGAGGAAGACACCUGUCCCUCUGGGGCCAUACCAACCCAACAACCCUGUGGGACUGGAUUAUAUUGUCCCAAAAGUUGGUUACUUUUGCCAGCUGUGCAGUCUUUUCUACACAAGUGAGAAAACAGCAAAGACCGUUCACUGCACCAGCCUGUCUCAUUAUCAGAAACUAAAGGAGAAGCUGGAUGAAGGCAAAGACAAGGCACCAGAAUAGGAAAGAAUGAGGAUGCAUACUGAAGAAAGACUGCUGAAUAAUGUUUUGCUGUCAGGAUGCUGGGAUCAGUCUUUAAUCUUUUCCACAACUGGAAGUGUUUUUUUUUUAUGUUCCAGAAUGCUGUAAAGAUUUUGUUUAGGUUCGCCUGACCAUCCCAACAACUGAACUACACACAAAUCAGCUGUAUGUAACUAAGGAUGAUGUAAAUCUUUUGUUCAGUUAUAGUGUGCUUGCUCCAGUCCACAUUUCUUUGCACAUUCCAGGAAAUAAUUGUAACUGGUUACCCAAUAAAUGUUUCACAGUUGUCUGAAUUAGUUUCAUUAGUUUGCAAACAUCAAUGUAAGACGGAUUGCUGUAAUCACAAGUUAUUGGCUUUUAAAAUACUUUUGGCUACAUUUCAUGGGUUAUUCACAGAACCUAAAUUGCCAAAGCAUAUAGAAAACAGAAUCCUGACAAAUUAAGAAGAACCUUCUAACUGUUAAAGCCUUUGCAGAGUUUUUUGGUUUUCAGGAACCAUAUCUUACACAGACUACAUCUGUGAGUAGAUGUUUUAAGAUUUACCUGAUAUUCAUUUUGUGAAUUUCAUUUUUUUUUUCAUUUUGUACAGUUUUUUUUCAAGUUUUUAUUUCAUUUAAUUU